UUACGGCGACACCGUGAUUGCUUUCUCUCGCUUGACACGUCCAGCCCUCGCGGGAGGAGGUGACGGCACUUAUGGAUGUCGUGACGUCGUUCUUCUCGAUGAGGUCACUGUGUUCUCCGUGUCUUCUGGCGCUGUUGUCCCUGGCAGCGGUGGCGAUGACUACGACGUCGUCACAGGACGUGUCGCUCCCGCACCGACGUGCCAGAGGCCUCAUUCAGGCUCCGGCAACUAAGGAGCAACCUUUCGCGUCUAUACUGUACACGGCCGUGAUUCGUGGCAAGGUGGCGCUGCCGUGUGACAUCACUCCGCCGUCUGCGGACGACACGGUGGCGCUGGUGCUGUGGUACAAGGACGAAGGUCCCGCGCCCAUCUACACGCUGGACGCCCGGCGUGGUCACGUGGACCAGGCGCGCCAGUCGGCCGUGAGCGAGCUGGGUGCCCGAGCCUACUUCAACAUGAUGAACCGGCCCGCCUUCCUACAGCUCGAUCCUGUCGAGGAAGAGGACGCCGGAGAGUAUCGCUGCCGCGUCGACUUCCGCAAGGCGCGCUCCGUGAACACCGUCAUCAACCUCAAGGUCAUCGUGCCUCCCGGCGAUCCUGUUAUCUUGGAUGAAGACGGAAAGCAGCUGCAAGGUCUGGUGGGGCCGUACAACGAAGGAGACCCGCUCACGCUGACGUGCCAAGUGGAAGUUGGUAAGCCUCGGCCGGCCGUUACCUGGUGGAAGGACUACGCGCAGCUGGACGAGUCGUACUUCUUCUCCCCGGAUGGCUCACUGGUUAAGAACAAGCUCGAAGUGGCGGCCAUCACGCGCAACGACCUGCUGGCCACGUUCACUUGCCAGGCGGCCAACAACAACAUCACCAUACCGGCCUCGGUCUCCAUCACGCUCGACCUGAACCUGAAGCCGCUGGACGUCACAAUUCAGCCUCCCGAGCGUCCCCUGUCGGCCAAUAAGGAGGUGGAGCUCGUGUGCUCGUCCAGUGGCUCACGGCCUCCAGCCACGCUCACUUGGUGGAAGGGUGGCCAGCAGAUCCGCUCCGCAAGAGACUCCGAGGACGCCGCGGGCGGCGCUGGGGGCGGCGGAGGUCUCAGCGCCAGCACCUCAGUCUUACUGUUCACGCCCACGGUGGACGACAACAACCGCAUCCUGUCAUGUCGAGCGGAGAACAAGGCCAUACCCGGAAGCGCGCUCGAGGAAGGCUGGAAGCUCGAAGUCUACUACACGCCGAUGGUGACGCUCCAGCUUAGCGGCAAGCUGAAGGACUCCGAGAUCCAGGAAGGCCGGGAAGUGUACCUGGACUGCAAGAUCGUGGCCAAUCCGUACACAACGGACAUCACCUGGCUGUUCGAGGGCCGCGAGCUCCCCGCCAACGCUUCGGCGGGCGUCAUAGUCAGCACCCAGACCCUCGUGCUGCAACGUGUGCAGAGGGCUCAGCGAGGGAGGUACGCCUGCGCAGCCACAAAUAAGGAAGGACGCGGUGUCAGCAACGACCUCUACCUGCGAGUCAAAUAUGCACCCGUGUGCAAGACGCACCAGAAGUGGGUGUACGGAGCGUCCAAGCAAGAGACGGUGUCGGUGCGAUGCGAGCUGGACGCCGACCCCACCGAGACAACGUUCCGGUGGGUGUUCAACAGCUCGUCAUCCGGUCGGCGCAGAGACCUGCCCACGCAAGACGUCUCUUCGAGCGGCUCCCGGAGCACAUUGGCGUUCUCCGUGCGCUCGGACGAAGACUACGGAACGCUCCUCUGCUGGGGCACAAACUCCGUAGGCAUACAGCGGGACCCCUGCGCCUUCUCGAUCGUGCCUGCUGGGCCUCCGGACUCGGUAAUCAACUGUUCGCAAGUGAACGCCACCGAGGAUGGCAUGUCCCUGGAGUGCAUUGAGGGCCCCUGGGACGGCGGCAUGGCGCCACCCGUCUUCAUCGCCGAGCUGUACGACGCCGACUCGGGCACCAUGCGCGCCAACAUCACGAACACGCCCGGUGCGGGAGCAGCGUUUCUGGUGCGAGGCCUGCCAGGCGGCGCCACGUUCCGUGUGCUCGUGUACGCCGCCAACGGAAAAGGUCGCAGCGCGCCCUACGUACUCAUGGCACACACGCUCAGACCCGCGGAGAAGUUCACCGCAGGUGUUCAAGGGAUGAUCGUUAUUAGGCCAUUUUUAGGAGUUCUCAUCGGCAUCGUCAUCGCUUUGGUCAUUGCCGCCGUCAUCGUCAUCAUCUUUAUACGGUGCAAAAAACAUGGCAGAGGCAAAGGGGCAGAAAAGGAGCAGAUGGAGGACAAGUCGAUGACCUUGCUGAAGAAAGACCCAGAUGAGUCCGUCGACUUGGAAGAGAAGGGUCCCGACAUAAUUCCUGCGACUACGGUUUUCUCCGGCUAUGAUGCAGCUCACGAGAAAAUGGUUGCCCUGGCAUCGGGAAUGGACGCGUACACUGCGCAACUGCCACUGAAGGAAAGUCUAGAAAGCUUAGGAAACCAUAGGACAGCUUCGCCGAAGAAGCAGGACGUCUGUGGCAGCGGUGGGGGCGAGGUCACGUACGCCGAGCUGUCGUUCCCCAAGGCCGUGGCCGUACUGCCCGUGCAGCAGGGAGGUACGCUACGCCGUGCGGCUGCCGCCGCCGCCGCCGCCGCCGCCGCUGCCUCCUCGGGGGCGCACAACGGCGGCGCCGUGCCCCAACUGCCGGAGCCACCGACGGAGUAUGCACGCAUCGACUUCCACCGAACACUGAGACCAGUGCCGGGAAACCUGGGCCUAACAGGCGAAGAACUCGAGGACGAAGGCGGCAGUAGCUGCGAGACGCCGCUGAUGGCCAACCGCAGGGAAAGCACAGUCUAGCGGCGCAUGGCUGCACAACCCAGGGACUCGACAUUCUACAAAAGGCCCACUACGGGAACGUGCGGCGCUCCUUCAUCGGGAUAAGAUGCGAUGCUCAACUAGACCAGUGUCACCACAAGUGCGACGCGUAUGACGCCGCGGUGUACGACGGAGGAGUCCUCGCAAAGUUUUUCUGCCGGUAAACUCUACCGGAACCUCAAGGUCUGCGACAUCUCAUGACCGCUCCGAACAAGAGACGUGCGAGAGAAAGAGGUGCUCUCAAGGAUGUGCGGGAUGCCACUUUUUCUUUCUUAUUCCCCACGGUGGAUAUGAACAAGUUUGAGGCAUACACCGUGUGGAGACGUGUGAUUAUGCUUGAGUGCUUCAACAUCGGAUGAAUGCGGCCAAGUGCUCUCUGUCCACAUCCAAGCUGCUCAAAACUGCCUGCUAAAAAGAGAAAAAUGUGAAACGGUUCUCAAACCCAUCGUUCCCAAUUCUUAAAACACGUGGACUAACUCACUGUGCCCCUGUCAAAAGCACACAAAAAAAUGCAUUAAUGAAACAUACAACAAAUGUGUAGUUCCAGGGGAUCACAUUAUAAAUGUUUCUAUUGAGCGCAAAUGAUUAAUUGAAGCAGCUGCUAUGCUUCUCAUACACCUUCAGCAUAUUCUAAUGCACUCAGUCUCCGCUGUUGUUAUCGCCACUGGUGCAUUCGGUUUCUUCUAAACUAUGAUAAAAACAGCACAAAUGCAGUUUCCGGCACCCUGGAUGUGCUCAAGUACUUGUGCCUUCUUUACUGUGCGAAUGUGCGACCAUUUCUCACAACUGCUCUGCAGGUCGUUGUGUGUGCAUGCGUGACACAGCUAGUCAAUUAUCUUUCAUUGUAUAUAUAUAUACUUGACGAUGUUUUAUCAAAAAAAUAAUGUUUAAUAACGAAGAUUCUCUGUGUAUAUUUAUACAAUCACAUCGAUUGGUCAUUACAUACUGAUCAAAAUAUUUCCUCUAUCCUGGGGAUUGUCUCUCGUUCUUUGAAGUAAUGCUAAUAGCUUGCAUUCCCACUUUCCUACCCUCUUGUUCUGUCCUGAAGGAUGCGAGCUGUAAUUUAUUAACUGUACACAACCUUCGCCGUGCUUAGGUUAUGACACUGUUCUGUAGUAUUUUGCUGCUCACUGAAAAAAAAAAAAAUUGGUCAUGUUGUACAGUUAUUUGGUUCAUAAGUACAGCUGCAAUGAAGCUUUCAUAGAAACUACAAAACAAAAACUGUCUUAAUCUUAUUUCAGCAAGAAAGAAGUGUUAAAACAACGCAAUAAGGUGAUCUGCUUUGCAUUUGAGCUUUUUAUUCACCCUUAACUGUUAACUGUUGCUUACCACCUCUACUCAUUUUACUAUGUUACAGCAGCUAUAUAUAAAAAUAACACGAGUAAGCUCACGCUUUGCGGAGAAUAUUUGAGAACCAUGUGCACAAAUGAAAUCCUAGGUCUUUUUUGGAUAUGAGAGGGCAUAUCUUAAACAUAAUGAAAACGAAUGUUUGAUACAUUUUAUUGACAUUUCAUUUAUGCUAAAUAACUGCUGUAUCAAGUGAAACUGCGGAUGAAACAAACAAACACGUCACCAGGUUAGAAACUUUAUGUGCUUUUUACAUACGUAUUAUACACAGCAAACACACGCGAAAGGCACAAAAUACCCACAGAUUUUAUGUGGCUUAUGUUUUACUGCUCUAAUACAACAAAGGUUUCAUAACAAAGGUAUAGCAUGUCUCAAACCUCGUGGGAAGACCCAAUACCGCAAUAUUUCAGUCACAGACAUGAAGAAACAAGAGCAGAUCUGUCAGUCAAGAAGCAGCAUCAAUGGCACAUGACAAUUCACUUGACAGCUAAAAGGAAGUUCCGGAUAAUUGUGCUACAGCAAUUAGACCAUUCGUUGCCUAUAUAAAUAAUUUCUAUAAUUUCAAUAUAGCAGUGCAUAUAGCUUAAUGUUCUUGUGCUUAAGUUUCAGUGCAGUCAUACACACAGCUGUGCGAAUGCUACCACGCAGUGAGUUAACAAAUCACGUUGCAACAUAUCAUGCUUCUGAAAAUUUGCUUAUAUCAACAUUAUUAUUGUGGCUUUUACAUUUACUUCUUAUAACGCCUCGCAUGACAACGUAACUCUUUGCAGUGGUUGUGUUCCCACUUUUGUUGUUGCAAAACUCAACCUUCUUUUUUUUUUUUGCAGUUGCUACCGCAAUAUUUAUUUACAAUCAUCCCUGAAAUGUGCGUAAGGUGACAUAUAUGUUUAGGCAUGCUACGUAGUAUGCUCGCAUCUUCUUCUCGGGUCUGCAUUAACCUCUGUUACAGCUGCGCUGUUUUUCCGGUAUCAUUACCACCCUACCAUAUUCGCGAAGAUAUCUCGCACUGAAUAUUACUUUUCUUGGGAGCCCCAACCGUCGCUAGACUUUCAAUAACGGUCUAAUCGCAGACUGGCACUAAAAUUAGUCCUUAUUUCCGGCAAAUGCGCAAUCAAAAUGAAACUGUACGAAAAAGCACAACACAUUGUAAAUAACCUCAUAUCCUCCUGGCCAUGACAUUACAGGAAAGAGCUAGAAUUGUGCCCGUUUAGUUAGCCAUUUCGAGUCAUCCAUUCAUUUCUACCUUCCCUCUGUAGUGUGAACUGAUACAUUACAUUUUCACCCUGUCAGUGUUCCAAGUACACCGAGGCUGUCAAAUGACGUGAAAAAGCCGUUGCUCACACUAUUUAACGAGCGUUCCUGUGGGUACAUGAAUUGCACGCUUAUUUACCAAGGUUUGUCCCUUCCAAUUAUUUGCUAUGUGCUUCAACUGUGUUUUUUGUCAUGUGAUACAACUCACAAGUGCCUAUUUACAGCGAGAUGAUGGCAGCAGAAAGAGCUGCGCAAUUCCUCUUGAAAACAUUCACCUUCAGUGGUGAGUACCUGGUGGUACUCCGGGUGAAGAUGCGUACAUCGUGUAAUCUUCACUGUUCAUUGUGCAUACUGUAAGAUAUUGAUGAAACAGUAGGUCUGCUUUUUUUUUUUUUACAAACUGUUUCUCUGGGUGUUACAUAUAGGCUGUGUGCAUCAAAACGCGAAGUUACGAAUCUCCUGCAAAUAAACUAUAGUUUUUUUAUGUGUUCA